UUUAGGUUAUAAACUAUGGCAUUUGGCGGGAUUCCUGAAUCCUGAUUUGUUUCUGCAAUUUUAUAGUGUUGGUUAUGUGGUGUGUAUUUUCGUUAUAAUAAAACAGUUUAAAAUGGAGUCAUUUCUCAAGUCUGGAAAGUUGGGCAGUAGUACAACAAAAGUAGAUAAGAGUAGUCAUGCAAAUAAUGAAACUUCAAAGAAAAAAAGAUCAGUUCCUUGGAUCGAGAAAUAUCGGCCACGAACAGUUUCGGAUAUAGUUGAACAAAAUGAGGCCGUGCAAGUUUUAGAACAGUGCAUUGCAGGAGCCGAUCUGCCUAAUUUACUCUUUUAUGGACCUCCAGGUACAGGUAAAACAAGCACUGUUUUGGCAGCCGCACGGCAGCUGUUUGGAGACAUGUAUAAAGAUCGUAUACUAGAGCUGAAUGCAUCUGAUGAACGUGGCAUUCAAGUAAUUCGUGAUAAAGUGAAAACGUUUGCACAAUUAACUGCUAGUGCAGUUCGUCAUGAUGGAAAACCUUGCCCUCCGUUCAAAAUAAUCAUACUAGAUGAGGCUGACUCCUUAACAAACGCAGCACAGGCUGCUCUCAGAAGGACAAUGGAAAAAGAAUCUAAAACUACACGAUUUUGUUUAAUAUGUAAUUAUGUGUCAAGAAUCAUUGAACCUUUAACUUCGAGGUGUACGAAAUUUCAGUUUAAACCGCUGGAUGAGUCCAAGAUACUUGAAAGAUUGCAACACAUUGCCAAAGAGGAAAGUUUGCAAAUAGAUUCUGAUGUUCUAAAUGCUCUAGUGAAAACUAGCGGCGGAGAUAUGAGGCGUGCAACCACAUCUCUUCAAAGUUGUUCCACAUUAAAAGGGAAAGACACAACCAUCAGUAUGCAGGAUGUCUAUGAGAUUACUGGAGUGGUUCCCGAACAAUGGAUCAAAAAUUAUUUGCAGGCAUGUAAAUCAAACGAUUAUUCAAAAUUAGAGGUUUUUAUUGAAACAUUUAUUUUGGAAGCAUAUACUGCUUCACAGAUUUUGAAACAGAUGAAUGAAUUCAUUGUAAAUACAGAUGAAUUUAAUGAUAAGCAGAAAGCGAUAAUUGGUGAAAAGUUAGGGACUGUGAGUUAUCGUUUACAGGAUGGUGGUUCCGAAUACAUCCAAUUGCUUGAUUUGGGAUGUGCCAUUAUGAUCGAAUAUUCUAAAACUUGAUAAACAGUUUCUUGGCAUAUUUAUUUUAAACUUUGCAUUUUUUUUGUAAUUAAUGAGUUUCAAAAAAAAAACUUUGGUUUAACCUUG